AUCAAUGGCAUCGGGGAUCCAUGUCCUCUAUCCUGAAUGACAAUAUGACACGCUCAUUCGUUGAUAGGAACCAUAUUUAAAAACUAAUACAUCAACAGCAGCAACAACGUAAAUGUCUCUUUUUUCUUUUUUCAAAUUUACAAUACUAAGGAACAUUACACUUGUCACUGUUAAUGGAGAUCCCAAAACCCCACUCCCAAUCCGACGCAUACGUCUACCUUCUCCAAUCAGCUAUCAAAUCCAGAGACUCCUCCACCGGAAAAUUCAUUCACGCUCGAAUAAUCAAACACGGCCUUCACCUCAGCGCUUUCUUGAUGAACAACCUCCUCAAUUUCUAUUCCAAAACCUCCUCUUUCACAGAUGCUCACCGUCUGUUCGCUGAAAUGCCCCUUAGAACCACAUUCUCUUGGAACACCCUUCUCGCUUCCUAUGUCAAGGGGGGCAACAUAGAAACUGCACGCCGUUUGUUUGAUGAAAUUCCUCAACCAGAUUCCGUCUCGUGGAAUUCCAUGAUAGUGGGAUAUAACCAAACGGGUCUUUUUUAUACCUCUAUUUACACGUUUCUAAAAAUGAUAUCCUCUGGAGUUUCGCCAAACCAGUUCACUUUUACUAAUGUUCUUGCCUCCUGUGUUGCAACUGGAACCUUGGAUAUUGGUAAGAAGGUUCAUUCCUUCAUUGUAAAACUCGGGUUAACGGGUGUGGUUCCUGUUGCAAAUUCAUUGCUUAACAUGUAUGCAAAGUCUGGUGAUUCGUUAAUGGCAAACGUUGUUUUUGAUCGUAUGAGGCUAAGAGAUAAGUCAACUUGGAAUAUUAUGAUUUCAAUGCAUAUGCAUUUUGGUCGACUUGACUCUGCUCUUGCACUCUUUGAUCAAAUGACUGAUCGGGAUAUUGUCUCGUGGAAUUCCAUCAUUGCAGGUUACUGUCAUCAGGGGUGUGACAGCAAAGCUUUGGAAACAUUUUCUAAUAUGUUUAGGAGUUCAUCUUUAAAGCCAGAUAAGUUCACCUUGGGCAGUGUUUUGUCGGCUUGUGCUAAUCUUGAAAGCUUGAAACUUGGGAAGCAAAUCCAUGCAUUUAUUGUAAGAGCUGAUAUUGAUAUCUCUGGAGCAUUGGGGAAUGCCCUUAUCUCAAUGUAUGCCAAAUCUGGUGCAGUUGAAAUUGCUCGAACAAUUGUAGAAUUAAGAGGCACUUCAAGUCUUAAUGUUAUAGCAUUCACAUCACUUUUGAAUGGUUAUGUCAAAAUUGGGGAUGUAAAUCCGGCACGAGAGAUAUUUGAUUCAUUGAAAUGUCGCGAUGUAAUUGCAUGGACUGCCAUGAUUGUAGGUUAUGCACAAAAUGGUUUACUUAACGAUGCUUUGGAGCUAUUCAGAUUAAUGAUUACAGAUGGCACAAGGCCAAACAGUUAUACCCUAGCAGCUGUAUUGAGUGUCUUUUCAAGCUUGGCUUCUUUGGAUCAUGGUAAGCAGCUUCACGCAACUGCAAUAAGAUUGGAAGAAGUGUCAUCGGUUUCUGUGGGUAAUGCUUUAAUUACCAUGUACUCGAGAUCUGGAUGUAUCAAAGAUGCAAGGAAAGUAUUCAAUCAAAUAUGCACUGAAAGGGAUACAUUGACUUGGACUUCCAUGAUUAUAGCUCUAGCUCAACAUGGUGUGGGAAACGAGGCCAUAGAGCUGUUUGAAGAGAUGCUGAAAUCUAACUUAAAGCCUGAUCAUAUUACUUAUGUUGGUGUAUUAUCUGCCUGUACGCAUGUGGGAUUGGUAGAGCAGGGUAAGCGAUACUUUAAUUUGAUGAAAAAUGUUCAUCACAUUGAACCUACCCCUAGCCACUACGCAUGCAUGAUUGACCUGUUUGGACGUGCUGGAUUGAUGGAAGAUGCAUACAAUUUUAUAAAAAGUAUGCCUAUUGAACCAGAUGUUAUAGCAUGGGGUUCACUUUUAUCUUCUUGCAGGGUUCACAAAAAUGUGGAUUUGGCUAAAGUGGCAGCUGAAAAAUUGCUUCUUAUUGAUCCCAACAAUAGUGGUGCUUACUCGGCGCUUGCUAAUACUCUUUCAGCUUGUGGUAAAUGGGAGGAUGCUGCUAAGAUUAGGAAGUUAAUGAAGGCCAGGGAAGUGAAGAAAGAACAAGGGUUCAGUUGGGUUCAAAUCCAAAACAAAGUACAUAUUUUUGGGGUUGAAGAUGCGCUUCACCCACAAAGAGAUGCAAUAUACAGAAUGAUGUCAAAAAUAUGGAAGGAGAUAAAGAAGAUGGGCUUUACUCCGGACACUGAUUCUGUAUUACAUGACCUAGAGCCAGAAGUGAAGGAACAGAUUCUCAGACAUCAUAGUGAAAAACUGGCUAUUGCAUUUGCACUGAUAAAUAGUCCAGGGUAUACUACACUGAGGAUCAUGAAAAACCUUAGAGUUUGUAAUGACUGCCAUUCUGCCAUAAAGUAUAUCUCUAGGCUAGUGGGAAGAGAAAUUAUAGUAAGAGAUGUCACACGAUUUCAUCAUUUCAAGGAUGGUUCUUGUUCCUGUCAGGAUUACUGGUAGAAGAAACAGUGAAAUUCCAUUUAGAAUCCAACCUCAUAUUGAUAAGUAAUUUAUAAGCUUAUUGACCCGACAAUAACAUAAACGUUAACAGGAGCAUUAACUGGUUUCUAGUGAAUGAAUACGAGAAUGACCGAGUCAAUAAAUUGAUUGUCUGUCCAUGUUCACGCCCUUAUGAUGUAUCUUGCAGAUGAAAUUUCAUAUUUCCAACUCAGAAGAUAAUUCAGUGCACAAUCUUAGGCUAGUCUGCAAAGGUUCUAACUUUUAAAUGUUCAUAUUCAUUGAUACUGAGAUAAUCUGGAACUAGUAUUUGCUGACAGUCAUCCACUCUAGUUGGAAGGCUUUAGGUAUUCUCUAUAAGAAGCACUGGAGCAUUUCGAGGAGCAUAAAACACGGAUUGGUGUCAGGUUGGUGGCUCUAUUCAGAUGAAAGUUGCAAGAAAAAUAAAGGUCCAGCUGCUGAUUUUACAAGCAGGAUUUUACAAAACAUUAUUUGCAAUAUGAAAGGAGCAUACAAGUGAAUCAUGUGCAACAUAGCUGAGCCGCUUCCCUAAAGAUGCUGAUGUAGGACACUCCUGCCCCGAGCUCACUUGUGGUUUCUCUCGAGUGAAUUACAACAGUUUGCUGUAUAUCAUGUCUUCAUCACCCAUUGAAACGGAUGUAAUUUAGAAAAGGAAAAAGAAAUGGGAAAGAUGUGUCACCAAUGACUUAUUAUGUGUAUUUUCGCUAAACAAACCUAAAGAGCUACCAUAUGGACUACCUGUGCCUGCUACUUUGCACAUUGGAUUCUACUUUCUACCAAAAAUACCAGUUUUUGGCUACCUUCUUUCCAGAAAAAAUGGUUCAAAUUUUUUAGUUAUCCCCCAAAAUACCAGUUUUUUGGCUACCUUCUUUCCAGAAAAAUAGUUCAAAUUGGGGUUAAGGCCUAAAGUGAUAGAUGAGAUUCGUAAGGUCUGGGUGCUAUUCAUGUGAAACUAAGGCAUUUGGGUAGUCACUACAUUUCCUUUUUCCUUUUGGGAAAUACUUUUCCCACCUCAUGGAGAGUGCUCCUCCAUCGUGAAAAGUCACAAUUGUCUAUAGAUUCUGGAGAUAUAUUUCUGAACGCAUCAUUUUCACAUAAUCCUUAGUGCAAAUUGGUGAAAUA